AUGAUUAAGUCAAUAUCAACAGAUUUAACCAACCUUUCAAAUGAACUGAAGAGAAGGAAUAAUGAUAUUAAGAAAUUUUGUGAUAUAGCUUUACCAAUUGCCAAACAAGAGACUUUAAGCUCGGCCGAUAUGUCGAAAUUAUUGAAACCUUUUCUUACUUCAUGUAAUGUUAACAACGCUAGAUUCGCCAAUUUAUCAAUACCUGCCAUAAACAAAUUGAUUAUAUCCAAUAAUUUGAAUCCUGAUGACCUCAAAGACCUUUUAGCGGGAUUGUCAGAAGCCAGUCAUUUGGCUAUCGAUAUUCAAUUGAAAAUCUUACAAUGUUUACCAAAUUUAAUGUCCAAUUAUAAAGACUAUUUGGUGAAUGAUUCAUUAUUAUCUUUAUUAACAAUUUGUAUAAACUUAACUUCCAAUAACAAUUCAACAGUAGUGAUAAACACGGCAUUUGCUACAUUACAACAAUUGUUCAAUUAUGCAUUUGACAAAAUCCCAUUGACUAUUGAGGCUGACUCAAGGACUAAAAAGAUUGAAAUCGAUAACGAAAGUGAAGGCAUAAUGGUUGAUGAUUAUUCUUAUGAAUGUUAUUUGAUCUUCCAAGAUUUGUGUAAGAUCAUUGAUAAACAAUUACCAAUAUUCUUCAAACAAUUGAAUAAUAUCAAGAUUAAUUCAGUGUUAGAGAUUAUUGAAAACAUUUUACAAAACCAUGUCACAACUUUCAGUACCCACAAAGAGUUGAAUUAUUUAUUGAGGAUUAAAUUAGUGCCUUCAUUAUUAAGAAUCUUGAAUGAUGAAUUCUCCAUCAUCAUCAGAAUCAUGAGAAUUUUAUUGAUCCUUUUAAACACUCAAUUAUCCAACUUGGUCAUUGAAGGAGAAAUCAUCAUCUCCAUUUUGAAUCACAUUUUGUUGAACGAUAAUAAUGAAUGGAAUAAAAUAUUGGUAUUAGAAGUAUUCAAAAGCUUAUUCCAUGAUUUCAAAAAUUUAGAGAGUAUUUUCAGAUUAUAUGAUAAUAAUUCAAAUAAGAAAAAUGUUAUUAAGGAAUUGUUCUCCAUUUUGAAUAAUUAUUUACUCAACAACAAUUUGAAUAAUCAAUUGAUCAAAAAUUCUUUAUCAUUGCCAUCAAAUUUGAUAAUUUCUAAAAACUCAGUUCCGAAGAUUCCCCUUUUGGAUUUAUUGGAUAAGGUUGAACCUCCAACGGUUUCCACUACUUAUUCGAUUAACUUGAUUUUACAAGUACUCAUUCAAUUCACUGAUGGAUUAACCAACUUUGUGAAUAAUUUAUCACCCAAUUCAUCUAACUUAGAAUCCAACAUUGAAUUGAUUAAUAAUUUAAUCAACAUAAACUACAAGGAUUUAUAUCAAUUAUUCAACUAUAUGCUUCAUUGUUCUUUAGAUAAUGAUAAUUUCCAUAGUUUGAUCAGAUCUUUACAAAAAUUCACUCACACCACAGGUUUAUUGGGUAUAAACAAUCUCAGAGAUGAUUUAUUAAUCUUAUUAUCCAAAAUUAUCAUCAAAGUACCAAAUAAUUUCACCGUUCGUCAUUUAACUUCAUUAAGAGCAUUAAUUAAUCUAGCUAUUUCCUUGGGUUCAACAUUAAAUGAAUCUUGGGAUAUUAUCUGGAUUACUUUACAAUGGUGUGAUUAUUAUAUCAAUGGUCCUAAUGAGUUCAGUUUGAGAGAUGAUAAUUGGACGAAACCAAAUUUGGAUACGUCCAGUAUUGAGUCUUCUAUGAAUAAACUCUAUUCAAGUAUCAAAGAUUAUCCCGUUGAAAGUUAUGAUAAUUUGAUCACCUCAUUAAUGGAGUUGUUUAAGAAGACUCUUCAAGUUGAUGAUAAUGAGAUCAAAUUAUUCAAAAUCGAUGAUGAUAAAUAUCUUAACUUUACUGACAACAAGAAUUUCAUAUUAUGUUUACAGAACAAAGUGUUCUUUAUUGAUAAAUUAUUCGAUAUCAGUAAGAUUACACCUUUGAACUUUUUCACAAAUGAUAAGAUUUUCGAUAAGUACAAUAAUUUCUUUGUGAACGACGGGUUGAUGUUGAAACCAUUCAAUUUGAAGCAUUACAUAAUCAUCAAAUACAACGAUAUCAUUGUGAACUUGACGUUAGAAUCAAACAAAAUUGAAGGUAUCGAAGAGUAUAAUGCCCUCAAUCAACUUUGCUUGAACGGGUUGAAGAAUCUUUUGAUCAAAUUAGAAACCAAUUCUUCUGAAGUAUUGAAGCUUAAUAAUAUGUUCGAAAUCUUAGAGAUCAUUUUGAAUACUUUAUCCAAAGUAAUAGAAAGUUAUGAUAAGAGAUUAAAUGAUGAAAAAUCAUGGUCCUUGAUCUUUGAUAUUAUCGAAUUAUCAUUUGGGUUGAUUAAAAAUAGACAGAAUGAUAAAAUCUUCAACAUUAUUAAUUUAUCAUUCACUUCAUUGAAAUUGAUUAUGAAUGAAUUUAUUGACAUCUUACCUAUUUCAAAAUUCAAGAUAUUGAUCGAUACUUUGAUCAAAUUUGGUAAUCAAAAAUCUGACUUGAACAUAUCAUUCUCGUCCAUAUCUUACUUUUUCACUAUCGGUGAUACCAUAAAGAGUAAAUUCGAGAAAGAUGAGGAAUCUGAGUUAUACAAUGAGAUAGAAAUUGAUGGUAUUGGUAAAGGUAUCAAGUCUUUAGAUAUUUAUUUAUUGUUACAAUUAAUAAUUUUAUCGAUGGAUGAGAGAGCUCAAGUUCGUGAUGGUUCAAUUCAAACUUUCUUUGAAAUCUUGGAAAUUCAUGGAGAGUCUUUUAAUCAGGAACAAUGGAAUAUUAUCACUUCUUUAGUGUUUGAGAAAUUAUUUGUCAUAAAUGAAGUUCCUUCUAAUGAAUUAAAGGAAACUAUUAAUUUGAAAAUUGAUGGGAUUGUAUCAAUCUACUCCAAAUUUUUGCAAUUCUUGAACUUCCAAGAUUGGGAAAAAUUGAUGGCUUUCAGUAAUUUGUUAACUAAAGAUUUAGAAUUCAGUAUCAUAUUCAUGGACAAAUUCCAAACAAUUUUCGAAAUCCCCAUCAAUAAUGGUAAAAUGGAUAUUGAUAUUUUGGAAUUGUUCUAUUCUUUUUGGAUUAACUUACCUAUUGAAUACAAUUUGGUGAAUCCAGAACAAUAUUUACAAUUCCUUGAAAAAAUAGUCACUUUAUUUCCUAUAAUUCUCAACAACUUAUACGAUAAUCAGUUGGUGGAUGAAACGAAGAUAUCAAAGAUCUUAUUGAUCUUUGUUAAGAUUUUGAGAUACCCUAUUAUAUUGAAGAAAUCUGAUGAUGUAAAUUUGACUCCAAUCCAAAACAUUAUUACCAACAAUAUCGAUUUGAUUGUCAGUAAGGAUUUCAAUGACAAUAUAAAUUCUUUGGUUAUCAAAGAACUAAGUAACUUGAUCAUUUACCAAUUCCAAAUAAGAGAAAAGAUUGAAAGCAAAUUAUUGAAUUCAAAUCUUAAACUGAAGUUCAAAUUGCCUACAUUCAUCGCUUUAAGUUAUAAGUCUUUUGAACUUUUAGAAGUCUUAUGGUGUAAGAUCAAAGACUAUAAAGUGAUCAUUGAUGAUGGAGCCGUGGAAAAAUUAAUCAAAUCAUUACUAGAGAUCAUCACCAACAAAUCUACUGAUUUAUGGGUCAGAUGUAAUGAUUUCUUGUUAGUAAUAUUGGAGAAGAUUUUGAAUGUUGGAUCACACCAAGAUGAAAUCUGGAAACUAAUCAUCUCUUCUGUUAUAAUCAAUUUCAAGAAUCUUUCGUCUAAGGAAGAAUCUAUCAAUAUUUCCCAAUACUUUAAGAUCAUUCCUAUCAUAAUACCUCAUUUGGAGAAAUCAUGGGCCAUUGAUGAAUUUUUGAAAAGCAUUUACGAUAAUUCUUACCUUUACAAACUCAAUGAAAUUGAGACUGAAUUGUUGGGUGCUAACGAUGAUAUUGAUUCAAUCAUCGAGAACUUAUUAAGAUACGAUUACGACUCAUCCUUCGGAUUGAUCAAACCAUCCGAAUUUCAUAAAUUCAAUAAGAUGAAGUUCGUUUGUUUACAAGAGUUGAUCAACUAUACUACCACUAAUAAAUUUUCACUGAAAAAAUUCAAAUUCUUCUUUGCCAGAUUAUUGUUUUGUUUAAGAAGAAUCUUAGAUGAUGUCAAAUUAUCUUAUAGACUUCCAUUACUGUCAAUUCAAUCGAUAGAAUUAAAGUUGUUAUUAACAGGUUUAAACAACUAUGAUUUACACGAUAAUUAUGGUUUAAUCAAACAGAUCAUUCCAUUAUUGAUAAAAUUAUCAAAGUAUGAUAUCGAAAGUGAUUUAGUUCAAGACAUUUUAUUAAAAUUUAAUACUAUUUAG